AAAGGGAAAAGUGGGUGGGGAAGUGAUUUUGAAGUGUCGGUGGGGCUAGUGGAACUCGAAAGUCUUCUCAAGUCGUGUGACUUGGCUCACUACAGUUUUCGCUAUGGCGUGUAUAGGGUCGAGUAGGCUCUGUGCUCGUGCAGAGAAAUUGUGCCAGUUCAGACAUCUCGCCCAAUUACGAAGGAAAGUUUCAACGACAUGUGUCAAGUCACGACCUAGAAUCGAACAUCCGACCAGUACCUUGGUUCAACAUUGUCAGAGUAGAACGAGCACGCGGGACUGCAGGACGAACGUCGCAAGGAUGAUGAGCUCUAUGCAGACACAACUGCCUGGAUCCUUGCACGAUUAUCAAGUCGACCCUUACCGACUUCUCGAUGAUGACCUUAAAGAUGUCUACGACAAUAUACGAGAGGUACUCAUCAGGAACACGACGCAAAAGGAGCUGCAAACUAUAGCGACGUACUACUUCGACGGUAAGGGAAAGGCGUUGCGGCCGAUGGUAGCAAUUCUCAUGGCACGGGCUAUCAAUUACCACAAGGAAAGAAAUGGUCUCUUGGAUUCGCAGCGACAAGUGGCGAUGAUCUCCGAGAUGAUCCACAACGCUUCCUUGAUCCACGACGACGUAAUCGACCAGCCAGACUUCCGCCGUGGCAAACCUUCUAUCAACGUCGUCUGGAGUCAAAAGAAGGUGGCCAUGACAGGAGAUUAUGUUCUGGCAGUCGCGUCAAUUAUGAUAGCUCAACUGCAAAAUAACGAUGUCACUCUCACGCUCAGUCAGGUCGUGACGGACCUAGUGCAGGGUGAAUUUAUGCAGCUUGGCUCUAAGGAGACGGAAAACGAGAGAUUCGCGCAUUACCUCACGAAAACGUAUCGCAAGACAGCCAGCUUAGUUGCUAAUUCCUUGAAAGCGGUGACUAUGCUAGCUGGUGGAGAUGAACAGUUGGUCGAAUUAGCCUUCCAAUACGGUAGGAACAUCGGUUUAGCGUUUCAGUUAGUCGACGAUCUUCUGGAUUUCGUUUCGUCUUUGUCAGCAAUGGGCAAACCUACCGCAGCUGAUUUGAAGUUAGGUCUUGCAACUGCUCCAGUUCUUUUCGCCUGUGAACGGUAUCCAGAAUUGAACGCGAUGAUCAUGCGCCGAUUUCAAGAGCCAGGAGACGUGGAGAAAGCGUUCGAGCUGGUGCACAAGUCGCAGGGCCUGGAACAAACGAAAUUCUUGGCGCGGAAGCAUUGCAUCGAGGCCAUGAAACUUGCACAGUCUUUAGCCGAGAGCCCGUACCAAAAAGGUCUGCAAGUGGUCUGCGAUUUAGUAUUGAAUCGUAUGAAGUAGCGAUAUGAGAAAAAACGAUAGGAACUGUGUACGAAAGUAAAAAGGUGAACAAGAAAAUAAUGUGCCGUUGAUACGACAGGUUGUACUGAUUGUAGAGAGAGAAAAAAAGAAAAAAAAAAGAAUAUCGAGCAAAUGCAUAGACGUAGAUGAUCGCGACACUCAUGUUAAACGCACUCAUGACGAAUGUGUUCGAUUAUUAUUAAUGGUACUUAUAAUUCUAUAUUUAAACUUGUAUGUUUGUAACAUAAAAGUUCAAGAUUUUUAUAUUUACGAUAUUGUUAACGAGGUGGUAAUUUUAUGAGAAAAAAAGAAAUGGGAAGAUUAGCAGGAUAUUAUUUUUAUAAAUUUCAGAUGUAACGUAAUGAGAGGUGCCUCAUGUCUAUAAGGCAAUAUGCAACAAUAAGUACGAGCGAUGUCGCUGCGAUGUUACUCUAAUUGUGUUUAAACGUUACCGAAUACUAUGUAAUUAUAAGCGAGAGAUCACUCACUAAGUGCCCAGGUACAUCUUGCAAACGGGAGAUACAACGUAUAAGAGAAUGUAAAGAAAUGAACGAUAAUGUUUAUUUCGCUCUAUAGUGCACAUAUGACCUGAUUUUAUCGAUAUUGUCGCUAGCCAAUCAUAAGUGUAAAUAAAAUGAUUUAUAGGACUAAUUGUAAUGUAUUAGAAUUGGUAAAUCUGCCAGAUUGUUGUUUUAUUGGAACUACUGGAACUGUGUUACUAUGUAACAAAAUUCAUCUAAUAAGUGACAGGCAAUGUGAAAACUUUUUACGAUAGUGUUACAUCAGAUUAACUCGAUUAUAAUGUUAUAAUUCGGUUAUACAACGAUGCGAUUACUCUAAAACAGAAAAUUGGUAUAGCUAUUAAAUUUUGCGUAAAUUAACUUUUUUCUGAAUUUUUUCAGAUGAUUUAAAUUUUUCGGAUGAUUUAAUGCAUAUUAUUAUUACGUAAAAGAGUAAAUCUACAUAUAUAUCAAUAUAGAAAGUAACAAUCGCAAGAAUACCAAUACUAAUUAAUAGCAUAAUUUAAUAUCUUGUUUAAAGUGUGCGAAGAAUAUCUGCCAAAGAAGACCAUACGGUCUUGAUUCUUCCACUUGCAUGGAAAAAAUCUUUUCGAUUCAUCAAACACAAUGAGAAUUGUUUAUUAUUAAUUGGAAUGUUUUAAAUCAUGAAAAAUUAUUAAGUUUUUAUAUAUGCAUAAAAUUAUUCAUAUUGUUUUUUAUUCAAAAAGAUAUCUAAUAAAAGUGGAAUACCAUCUUCCAUAAUGUAUUACAUUCUUCUUGAAUAAAAAAACUGCUCAAAAUACUAUUUGCUACAUAACUGAACAUAUAGAUAUAAUUGUAUAAUAACUUAUAUUUAUAACAUGAAUUAAUGUAUAUAAUUGCUCUUUAAGGUAACAUAAAUCAUUGCUGUAAAAUUAUUAAUAAAACAAAUACAAAAAUGUAAUUAUGAUCAAACGUAGAUGUAUAUUAAGAUAAAGACACUGGAUUGGUAUGGAGAAUAGAAGUAAAUGAAGCUUGAAGCUUUCGAUCUCCUGCACAUAUUAAAAUUAUUAUUUAUAAUUUAUUUAGCCUAUGCACAUUAUCCAUAGACAAAGUAGUAUAGUUACAAAUUCUGAACGAAAAUGAAACAUUCGUUAUUGUUAUGAACACAUAUAUAGUUAAUGAUUGUAGUUUUUGGAAGAAAAUUAAUAUAAAAAAGCCAAGACCAUGGGUGCUCUUAAUAAUCAUUACAAAGACAUACAUAUAGAAAAAAAUAUGUAAAUGCAUGAUCUUUUAGAUUCUUAUGUCAGAACUAAAUUGUAAUAUGGAUCGAUUAGCUUCAUUAUUAAUAAAUUGUAAACCAUAAGGUUCUUUAUCUUAUUUGUUAUAUUGGGGAACAUGUUAUAUAAUUUCCUUUUAAUAUAAAUGUUAUGUUAAAACUCAAAA